AUGGUAGGCAUCGGUGCAAGAAAUAAACAUAUUCUCGAUGCAAAAUAUAUUUGUCCUGUGUGUUCAUUGAUACUACGAGAUCCGGUACAACUGACUGGAUGUGGUCAUCGAUAUUGUCAAACAUGUUUCAAUGCUGAACAAUCAGCGACAAUAAAAUGUCGACAAUGUCAAUCAGAAACAUUACGAAGCGAUGAACAUCUCGAUCAGUCUCAUUCAAAUGUCAUAUGUGAAUAUUGUGGCGAACAGUUCAAUUCAGUUAACAAAUUCAAUGAACAUAAAGUCUUCAAAUGUCAACAACUGAUUGUUGACUGUAUAUUGAAAGAUUUUGGUUGUAAGGAACAAAUUAUUCGUGCUGAAAUGAAAGAUCAUUAUUUGACUGAACAACAUCAACAUGCCCUACUCAAAGUUGUUCGUCACAUGUUAUCACAAUUGAACAAUAGACAAAUGGAUACUGAUCUUCCUCGAACAACAACUGCAGUAGCUUGUAAUCCUGCUAUAGCUCAAUUAGAAGAGCUUUAUGAAAUGCUCAAUAUUUUGGUAGGUGGUAUCGAGACAUUGACCAAUGAUGAACAACGUCUAGCCAAUGAGUCACUUCAAAUGCAAAUGACACUUCCAACAUUGACAGAAGAAUUAUCGAAAGUUAAAUUAUCCAUCGAAGAAUCAAAUGCUUUUUUCGAGGGAAUCAAAUUUGAUGCACAAUCUGAAAGACAAACAUCAAUUUAUUCGCCACCAUUUUAUUCAUCUCCAAAUGGUUAUAAAAUGAGAGCUCGUCUUUAUUUAAAUGGUGAUGGAAAUGCUCGUCGUACAUAUAUGUCACUCUUUUUUGUGCUUAUGCGAAGUUUGAAUGAUCCAAUUCUCAAAUUUCCAUUCAACUAUAAAGUCACAUUUUGUUUGUACGAUCAAACGCCUGCACAAAGACAUAUUAUAGAUUCAUUUCGACCAGACAUUAAAUCAAGUAGUUUCCAACGACCUCGAUCUGAUAUGAAUAUAGCUAGUGGAAUACCGAAAUUUUUCCCAUUGGAAACGAUUCAACAGGAAGGAAACCCCUAUGUACGAGACGACACAAUGUUUAUCAAAAUUAUGAUUGAUUUUGAAGAACUGCCAAAAACAUUAUUGCCCUACGCUUUGAGUCUUAAUCCGGGUCUACCAACGCAUAUUCAAAAAGCAAUGAUCAAGCAAGAAGCUGAACGAAGAACACAAUUACGAUCUAACGAGCAAUUGCAGAUACCCGAAGGUUGA